UUUAGGAACUUUUGGGUGCAGCGUCACGAUUGACAUUGUCAAAUCAUUUAUACCACUAAAAAUAAAUAUAAGGCGGGAAAGCGACGGUUUAUCACUUUUAAUAAAUAUUCUAGCCAUUUUAUUACUAACAUGGAUUCAGACGACGAAAUCGAGGAGUCAACGAAAUGGGAAGGAAGUCCAGGUACUAUUAUACUUAUUAAUGCUAUGGAAGACUCGAGUACACUUAACGUUGCACAUGAAGCAACAUGUUUACUGAUAAGGCAGUAUUUGCGAUCAUCGAGCUCUCACAAUGUAGGAGUAUGCCUUUACGGAACAGAUCAAACACAAACAGACUUAAACUCUAACAAUAUUAUUGAUGUGAUAUCAAUGGAUACCCCAACCCUAGCAGGGUAUAAUAAAUUACGUGCGAUGGACAUUCCAUCUUAUGGCAAAGCCACAGAGUAUGUUUUAUCGGAAGUUUUAUGGCACUGUAGUAAAAUAUUCAAGGAUUUCAAAAAGAAGCUGUCCUCACAAACUGUCCUUAUUUUAACAAAAUUGAAUAAUCCACCUAUAAAAACUGAUCAAAAACGAACUCUUGAUAGAGUUGUAAAUUUAGUUGGAUCCCAUACUAAGAUCACAUUUAUCAAUAUUUCAUCAGAUGAUUACCCAAUUGACAAAUUCUACAAAGAAAUGUUGAUUGAUAUUAAUAAGUCUCAGGAGUACACCCUGCCAAAAGCAGUAUGGGAUCCCAAGGUAAUACAAAAUAUGAUGUAUCAACAAUCUCAUCGGCACUUAGCUGUAGCCAAAUUGUCUUUUGAAAUUGGCCCUGGCUUUUCUAUAGGUGUAGGUGUUUAUAGCUUAUUAAGAAAAUCAAAUCAAUCUUAUCACAAAACAUCAAAUAUAGAUGCAAAAACCAAUGAACCAUUAACAAGAGUGACAAUGAAGACAAAACUUACAGUUAACCCUAGUACAUCUCACCAAGACAGUGAUGAUGAAGUUAGUGGAGAACCUAAAGAGCUUCCCUUAUUAGAUUCAGAACUAUUGUUCUGCCAAGAAUAUGGUGGUGAAAGAAUAGAGUUCACUAAAAAAGAAAAGGAAGAAAUGAGUAAUCCAUUUGGACCUCCUAUGUUAAAAUUGUUAGGUUUCAAACCCACUAUAAAAUUGUGCAAGGAGAAAUGGUUUCUGAAAACUGGAUAUUUUUUAUACCCAAAUGAAUCUAUUAUUGAAGGGUCAACAGUAGCAUUUAAAGCUUUGCAUAAAGCUUGCGAUGAGAUGAAAACUGUUGCUAUAUGUAUGUUAUGUACUAGAGCCAAUUCAAGACCAAAUAUAGUAGCUCUUUCCCCUUGCACUAGGCCCUUGGAUUUAGAAAUAGAGAUUGGUUUUGAUGUUAUUCACAUACCAUUUGCAGAAAAUGUAAGAGACAUACCACAACUUGAUGAAGAAUCUGAAAACCCAACUAUACAAAAAAAACAGAAAGAUGAAAUGAAUAAAAUUUUAAAUUGUUUGCUUUUUGACUAUAAAGCUGAUAUGUUUGAAAAUCCUAAAUUGCAGUCCCAAUAUCGAGCUAUAGAAGGUAAGGCUUUACAAGAAACAUUUAUUGAGCCUUUUGUUGAUACAACAAUACGAAAGCCUGAAGUAUAUCAGGUUAUAAGGGAAGAUGUAUUUGAAGAGUUGUUUGGACCAUUUGGAGUAUCAUCAAUUAAAAGAUCAUGUAAUGCAGAUAAAAGUAAUACUAAAAAAAAAAUAAAAAUUGAGGAUAUUAAUGAAACUUUGGUGCAGGAAAUGAUAGUAAACAAAUCUGUUGAAAAACUAACAGUGAUUCAGAUAAAGAAUAUAUUAAAAGAAAGAGAUAUAACCUUUCCAAAAAGUUCCAACAAAAGUGAUCUCUGCAAGCUGGUUUAUGAAAAUUGUGCUUAAAGUUGAAUUUGUGAUUUAAAAAUAAUGGCUAAGCUACAUGUAAUUUUAAGAGAAAGUUAAAAACUAUUUUUGGUACUGUGAUUUACAAAAUUAAACAAAUAAUUAUUCCAU